AUGAGCGAUGACAAAGAGAUUACACGUGAAUUAUGGUUAGCACGUUUACCAAUAUGUUUUAUAUUGUCUGAAGAAGAUAUGACAAAAGUUAAUCGUAGUGAAUUACCAGAACCUCUUUAUUUAAUGUUAUCACGUAAUUUAUAUUUUCCAUGUAUAAUAGAUAAAAUAUAUCGUUAUUUUUCAGCAUAUUAUAAAAUAGAUAAUUCAAAUUUAUUAAAUAAUACAUUACCAACAUCAAAUAUUAAUUUAAAUAAUAUUUGGCUUGAAUAUGAGAGUAUUCCAUUAAAAUGGCAUCAUCCAAUUGGUGUUUUAUACGAUUUACAUACAAAUGAUUCAACAUUAAUAUCAUUAACAAAUUCUUCUCUACCAUGGCAAAUUAUUGUUCAUUUUACAAAAUUUCCGGAAACAGAACUUAUUCGUUUUCCUGAUAAAGAGUCAAUUGAAGCUCAUUAUAUGUCUUCAUUAAAAGAAGCUGAUUCUCUAAAACAUAAAGGUAAAAUUAUUGGUGAUAUGCAAAAACGUGAUCAUAAACAAUUAUGGAAUUCUUUAAUACAAGAUAAAUAUGAACAAUUUUGGAAUAUAAAUACAAAAUUAAUGUCCUAUAUAGAUAAUUUAUCAUAUUUUCGUUAUAUACCAUUUCGACUCUAUCGUCUAGAUAAACCAAUUAUACAAAAAUUAUUUUCACCUUUUGAUCCAAAUACUAAUAGAAUGUUAACACUUGGAGAUUUAGUUCAAUUUGCAUUGACAAAUGAGGCCCUAUCUGAUAUUAAUAAUGAAUUAAAUUUAAGAAAUACGCGAAUUGAACAAUUUCGAAUUAUUAUACAUGGUACACAACCAUCAUCACAAACACCCGUACAAUGGUUAAGUGAACAUUUUAGUUAUCCUGACAAUUUUUUACAUAUAUGUCUCAUUGAUAAACGAUAG